AUGCGACUGGUGCAGAGGUUCAACAACUGUUCCGGAGGGCUAAGCCCAUCCAGAGUGGUGGUGUUAGCCAGUGCUACUGUUACUACUUGCCCUACGGGAUCCACCGUUCUAGCAAGACGUGUUUCACUACCGACAAGAAGCUAUGCUAACCGUCACACCUUUUCGACAAGGUCCAUUCUGAGCCAGGACAAGAUCACAACGUCCAGUUCGGCUGCCAAGACCGCCAAUGAGAUACUCAGCUCGCUACAGCCUCCUCCAGUUCGCCCCCACUGGUUUUUCGCCACAGACGUGUCUCUUCGAGAGCCCGACUUUCUGCUUGGAGACGAGGCUCUGGAGGAUAAGCUGACAGGAAAGAAGGAGGAGCUAAAACGACCUAAGAAGUUCAUGCCUUUCUCCGACCAGGACAAUGCUCUUUUGGAGAAGCGAUACCAGGAAGUGCAGAACAAGGUCACCAGCGACGCGAUUGUGCCUGUGCGAGAGGAUUACCUGUUUGAAGUGAAUAUCAACACAAUGGAGCUUUCGCCAGUUUAUUGGGAGGGUCCCAUCUUCGAAGUUCGGCGUUCUGAAUGGCUUCUAAUGGACGGAUCAAAUGCCAUUCCUUGUUCCAAGCAGCUCAACGACCAGCUGGAAAAUGGCUACAACAGCAAAAAGCCAUGGAUGGAAAUGAAGGAGAAAAGCAUCAGUAUUAAGAACAGCAUGGAGGAGGUCUCAGCAGGAACCAGUACUAAUUGGGUGCUCAAGGGCGAACGGUAUCAGGGCAAGCUCUGUGUCUAUUCUACAGACUGUUACACUGCGUGGAUCAUGAGCAACGAUGUCUACGGUAUGCUGACAGCCGCCUUUUUGCAGAAAAUUGCUUCCGGUAACAUUCUGGGUGCGUCCAAGCUGAUCCGAGGCUAUGAUCAUGUCAAGAAGAAGGAGGACAGCGACGAGAAGAAAAACAACAACAAAAACAACGUCAAGAAGAAGAACAAGGACAUUGGCAAGUUUGAUGACAAACCAGAUACACGAAAGGAGCCUCUCACGCCGGAUAUACACCACUUUUCCUCCGCACAAUCCAAGUUGAGUAAUCGAUAUGGGUCUCAGGCGUCCGAACAACAACAGAUGGAGCAGGAUUACGAAGACAACAAGGAGAAUGCGGGUAGUCACGCAUCCAAGGACGAAGACAAGGCUCCUCAAUACGACCAUCUCGUUCUGUGUGUUCAUGGAAUCGGUCAAAAACUGGGCCGCCGAAUCAAGUCUGUCAACUUUGUUCAUGAUGUCAACGUGCUCAGAAAGACCAUGAAAAGCGUGUUCAACGAAGGCAAGCAAUUUCAGAAAUAUCGAGAUGUGAAAAUCGAUCCCGAAAAGGAGAAGGAGGAGAGGGAAUGGACACACCCCAAGGUCCAGGUUCUGCCUGUUCUCUGGAGAUCGCAAGUGACGUUCAGCUUGACCAAGGCAGACAUUCUACAGCAUCAGGGAGACCCCAAUUCACAGGUCUGUCUGCAGGACAUUACUGUUGAUGGUAUCUCCAGUGUCAGAAACAUCGCUGGGGACGUCAUUCUCGACGUACUUCUGUACUACCAACCCUUUUACCGAAGACAGAUCAACCAGGCCGUCAUCACUGAGUGCAACCGAAUCGUUGAACUGUUCCGAAAGCAUAACCCCAAAUUCCGAGGCAAGGUCAGUCUUAUUGGUCAUUCUUUGGGCUCUGUAAUCUCGUUUGAUGUUCUAUCUAACGAUCUUGCGUGUCCUGGAUUAGAGAACAAGAGCACCGAUGGCUUGGAAUUCCCUGUUCAAAACUAUUUCAUGAUGGGCUCUCCCCUUGGACUUUUCAAGAUUCUGGAGGGAAGCAGCAUUCGACACUUUGACGCCGAGAACCACAAGAACAAUCUGAUUGCAGACGAAACCAAGUUCCAGCCGACUUCGAACUACCUAUCUCCCAACGUUAAGUACCUGUACAACAUCUUCCACCCCUCAGACCCUAUCAGUUAUCGAAUCGAGCCUCUGGUUGACAAGCUUGCUGCCUUUUUGCGUCCUGCCAGUGUUCCUUUCACCAAGUCUGGUUUCUCCACUGAGUCCAUUUCCAACCUCGGUCGUCAGGUCGCUGAAGGGGCUCAGCAGAUGUGGAACACCAUCUACACGAGUGGAGAGAGCAUCACCCAGAAGCUGCUCAAUGCCGCAAGCUUCCUGGAGCAACAGAAAGAAGAGGAACGAAAAGAGGGAGCAGGAGAGGAGAAGGUACAGCCCAGCCACGAGGGUGCCGAGUUCCCCUCGACAAGUAGUAUCUCCAAACGGAAGCUGACUCCCGAGGAGAGACAACGAGUGAUCACCAAGCUGGGGGCAUUGUCAGCCACUGGACGAAUUGACUAUGCUCUUCAGGAGAGUGUGCUGGAUCUGGGAUUCAUUUCUGCCAUUGCAUCUCACAUCAGUUACCUGGAAGAUGAAGAUGUGGCAGCAUUUGUGCUGCAGAGACUGCUGGAAGAGCAGAAGGAUUUGGAAAAUAAGAGGAAAGCCGAAAGCUAG